GGUGUCAUUGUAUAGCCAGGCGGAGAGGAUUAGCAGUGGUAAUGGCGAAUGAUGUGGAGGCGUCGGCGACCUCGAGCAGAGGAGUCUCGAUGCCGUGGGAGAGCCUGGAGGGUAAGGUCGUAAUGGUCACCGGCGCGUCCUCAGGCAUUGGGAGAGGCCUUUGCCUCGACCUUGCCCGGGCCGGCUGCCGGGUCGUCUUGGCCGCGCGGCGGAUCGAUCUCCUCGAAUCCCUCUGCGGGGAGAUCAAUGGAUCGGCCGCGUCGACGGAUCCGCGAUCCGUCGCGAUCGAUCUCGACGUGAGCGCGGAGGAGGCGUCGAUCGCGUCCGCGGUGCGGAGGGCGUGGGAGGCCUUUGGAAGGAUCGACGGGUUGGUGAACAACGCCGGGAUUCGAGGUGGUGUGCAUUCACCUUUAAAUUGGUCUGAGGAGGAUUGGAAUAACAACAUCAGAACAAAUUUAACUGGAUUAUGGCUAGUUUCAAAACAUGUGUGCAAACUCAUGUGUGAUGCAAAAGUGAAAGGAUCUGUAAUUAACAUUUCGUCUAUUGGUGGUAUAGACCGUGGUCAGUUACCUGGAGGGCUUGCCUAUACUGCAUCAAAGACGGGUGUCAAUGGAGUUACUAAGGCAAUGGCAUUGGAACUGGGUCAGUUUAACAUUCGUGUGAACUCGAUCGCUCCAGGAUUGUUUGCGUCCGAGAUCACUUCAGGCCUAAUGAAAAGAGAAUGGCUGAACAAAGUGGCUGAAAGAACAGUGCCAUUGAGAACUUAUGGCACAUUGAAUCCAGCAAUGACAUCGAUUGUUCGAUAUUUGCUUCAUGAUUCAUCAGCUUAUGUUUCCGGCAACAUCUUCAUUGUCGAUGCAGGUGUCACUCUACCCGGAGUCCCUCUUUUUUCUUCCCUUUGAUCGGCUUCUUCUAUUUGCUGCAAUUUCUUGCGAUGGUUACCAAAAAGUGUAGAACAACCUGUUCAAGUCAAUUUAAUUGUUUUAUUUAGGAAAUUACUUUUGUUCAA